GCCCGGAGGAGCAGUGCGCAUAAAGACCGGCGAGGUACUCUCGCUUAACUUUUGGGAUUCUGGGAGGUCCAAGUGUCCCGAAUCGCCCGUUUGACAGCCUAAAGCCGCACGUCAUGAACCACAGACCGCAAUUAUUAUCCCACCCGCUAAUAGUCGCUCACCUGCGCCACUCUUUGGGUGCACAUUCACACCCUUAUUAUUGCCCCGCGUAACAUUUUCUCUCAAACACAAAAGCGCACGCGCUCAACUCGGACGCUCGAGUGUCUAAAAAUGGCAGACGACGACUUGGCCCAGAUUAGAGCUGCUCGGCUUGCACAACUUAAGCAGCAACAAGGGGGAGCAGGAGCCGGCGACGCUGGUGGUGACGAUGAGGGACAGAGAAGGAAGCAAGAGUCAGAGGCACGAUCCUCGAUGCUAAACCAAAUCCUCGAACCUGAAGCCGCCGAUCGUCUGGGCAGAAUCCGGAUGGUGAAGGAAUCACGAGCCACGGAUGUCGAGAACAGAUUGAUCAUGCUGGCAAGGUCAGGUCAACUGAGACAGAAAGUCACCGAAGAUCAACUGAAAGACAUGCUUGCAAGUCUGUCCGAACAUGAAAAACAAACAGGGCAUUCGGUGGAAAGUGUAAAAGUGGUACGAAGAGGGGGGUGGGACGACGAUGACCUUGACGACCUCUUGAACGAGUCUUGACACGAUCGACUACGACACAAAAGUCUUUGGAGCUUG